CACACACACACACAGCUGGCGAUCCCUUCCGCACAUUUCUCGCUCUACAGCAAACGGAUUCUUCCCCCAAAGAAAAGCUCUAGGUUUCCCCCGCCCACUCUCGGCCUUUCAGUCCUGCAGGAAGGAGCUGCGGCGCCAAGAUGAGCGGAGAGGAGAACCCAGCCAGCAAGCCCACGCCGGUGCAGGACGUGCAGGGUGACGGACGCUGGAUGUCCCUGCACCAUCGGUUCGUGGCCGACAGCAAAGAUAAGGAACCCGAAGUCGUCUUCAUCGGGGACUCCUUGGUCCAGCUAAUGCACCAGUGCGAGCUCUGGCGGGAGCUCUUUUCUCCUCUGCACGCACUUAACUUUGGCAUUGGCAGUGACAGUACGCAACAUGUGCUUUGGCGACUGGAGAACGGGGAGCUGGAACACAUCCGGCCCAAGAUUGUGGUGGUCUGGGUGGGUACCAACAACCACGGGCACACAGCAGAGCAAGUGACUGGUGGCAUCAAGGCCAUUGUGCAACUGGUGAACCAACGGCAGCCCCAGGCCCGGGUCGUGGUGCUGGGCCUGCUUCCGAGGGGCCAGCACCCUAACCCACUUCGUGAGAAAAACCGGCGAGUGAACGAGCUGGUCCGGGCAGCAUUGGCUGGCCACCCACGGGCCCACUUCCUGGAUGCCGACCCUGGCUUUGUGCACUCAGACGGUACCAUAAGUCACCAUGACAUGUACGAUUACCUGCAUCUGAGCCGCCUGGGCUACACACCUGUCUGUCGGGCCCUGCACUCCCUGCUUCUGCGUCUGCUGGCCCAAGACCAGGGCCAGGGUGUCCCCCGGCCAGAGGCUACACCCUAAGCAUCCUUCUUCCCCAUUAAAUUCUCAUUCCUUAGUC